AUGGGAGAAGAAAAUCAAACCUACAUGAUUGUGACUGAAUUUAUCCUCCUGGGACUUACACAAGAUCCACAGACACAAGUUUUGCUCUUUGUGGUUUUUCUGAUCAUCUACUUGUUGACUGUGCUAGGAAAUCUACUCAUUAUUGUGCUCAUUCAUAUAGACUCCAAACUCCACACACCCAUGUACUUUUUCCUCAGGAACUUAUCCUUUGCUGAUCUCUGCUUUUCUACUACCAUAGUUCCCCAGUUGCUGGGACACUUCCUGGCAAAAAGGAAAGCCAUUUCCUUUGCUGGGUGCUCAACACAGAUCGUUGUUUUGCUUCUUGUUGGAUGUACAGAAUGUGCCCUGCUGGCUGUGAUGUCCUAUGAUAGGUAUGUGGCUGUCUGUAAGCCCCUACACUACUCUACCAUCAUGACUCAUGGAGUAUGCGUACUGAUGGCCUUAGGGUCCUGGGUUAGUGGAGUAAUUGUGUCUCUGGUAGAUACAGCAUUCACCUUGUCUCUACCCUAUCGAGGAAACAAUGUUAUUAACCAUUUCUUUUGUGAACCUCCUGCCCUCCUGAAGCUGGCUUCUGCAGACACCUACCGCACAGAAAUGGUCAUCUUUGCCAUGGGUGUGAUCAUUCUUCUAGCUCCUGUAUCCCUGAUCCUUGUCUCUUACUGGAACAUUAUCUCCACUGUGAUCCAGAUGCAGUCUAGGGAGGGAAGACUCAAGGUUUUCUCCACUUGUGGCUCCCAUCUCAUUGUUGUUGUCCUUUUCUAUGGGUCAGCAAUAUUUGCAUAUAUGAGACCAAACUCCAAGAUAAUGAAUGAAGGGGAUAAGGUGAUCUCUGUUUUCUAUUCAGUUAUAACAUCAAUGAUGAACCCAUUUAUUUAUAGCUUGAGAAACAAGGAUGUGAAGGAAGCGUUUAGAAAAAUAAUUGGAAGGUAG